AUGGAGGACGAGUUCGAGGCCGACGAAGCGGUGUUCAAGCGGGAGUGGUUUCUCAAUGGAAUUGGGCGGGACGCGUCAUUCGACCGAUUACUCGUGCAGAUUAUGGCGGAGAUAUAUUCGGACAAGUUGGCGACGGUGAAUUUCCGGAGACUCGAGAACGGACGACAGAUUGUUCAUUCCAUGGCGAAUGGGGAUGCGGUACGGAUCUCCGAGGAAACUAUUCCCGAAGAGCCCGAGGAAGAACCUGCGUUUGAGGAUAUCGUGCCCGAAGUCGAGCCGAGUCAUGGAUACGACGGGUCGACGGAAGACGAAGGAACCGGUGAGUACAGUGGUAGACGACAGCAACCAGAGUCAGAGCCUGUAAGCGAGGACUGGCCGCUGACUCCGUCGCCACCUCCCUCUGCUUCUUCUCCGCAUCCUACCGAUGAGACUAUCGCCGUGGAUGACCAGCCUUCCUUUCCGAAGCCUGAGCCCAAUAGUCACACCGAGCCCGACGAACAGCCCAAAGAUGACGGUUGGGGCGCCUGGGCACCGCUCCGGAAACGGGGUAAGAAUAAGAAGAAAAACAAGAAGCUCAAGAUCGUCGAGCCGGAGGCUGAAUCCAGAGCGGAACCUGCCCCGGCGGAAAGGUGGCCGGAGGUUCGCCAUGCUACGUCGGAUGAAUCGUAUGGUUUUGGGCCGCCGACGCCCUUGAGUCCGGUUUAUGAGGAGGAGGCUCCUCUGCCUUUAAGGCCGGCUUCGGCGUCUCUUCUGGAAGGGCCGAGUUAUUGA